UUUUUAUCUGCAUCACAAAGAUUAUUCUCCUGAAAAUAUGUUUAACUUGGUAACUACUACAACUAAUUUGGCCCAGAAAUCUGAAACUUAAUUUAGUUGAGAAAUCUGCAGCUGAAGCAGCAAUGGAAGCACUCUACUUGGUGGCGUCGUUGGCCACCACACUCCUCACCUCCACCUUCCUCUCGCUCCUCCUCCUCCUCCGCCUCCUCCUCACGCGCCGCCCUCCUCUCGCCGGCGGCGGCGAUGGCGGCGCCGCCGUGCGGCUGUACGAGGGCCGCGUCCGGCACUCGCGGCGGCGGCCGGCGGCGCACGCCUUCGAGUACCCCGUGCGAUACGCCCUCGUCGACCUGGACCGCCUCCCGCUCCCCGGCCACCUCUCCCCCGACGACGCCCGCCGCGUCGCCUCCACCUCCGGCCCCGUGCAUCUCCUGACGAUUCCCAAGAGCGUAGGGUACGAGCAGAACCCGCUCAGCAUCUACUACUGCUAUGAUUCAGCAGAGCAAGGAGAAGAUGAGAAGCUCAAGAUGUGCAUUGCUGAGGUCACAAACACUCCAUGGGGGGAGAGGGUAAUGUUCACCUUCCAACCAGGCUCUGAUCUCGUCGCGAAACCGUUACAUGUCAGCCCCUUCAUGGAUAUGCUUGGCAAUUGGAGUAUUCGUGCUGAGUCCCCUGGGGAUAGUCUCUAUGUGGUUAUUUUAGUUCAGCAUCCAACACUCGGCAACUAUUUCACCGCAGCAUUGCACGCCAAGUUAGUCGAGAAGACGAGUAGUUCUCUUAGGCUAGCAACAUUCUUCUGGCUGAUGCCCCAUAAAGUUGCUGCAGGGAUAUACUGGGAGGCCAUCAGACUUUGGCUGAAGAACGUCAAAUUCCUGGACCAUCCAAGAUACUUGAACUUGAAUUACAGAGAUGAAGCUCAGAAGCGCGAUCUCGAGAUCCGUUCAUCGUGCAGCUUUCUUCAGAAACAGAAGCUGAACGACCAAAGAACCGGUCGCGCCGAUGAAACUGCUGAAAUCACAGAUCAUCAUGAUCACAAUGGUGAGGAGAGCGUUGUGAAGAGGUGGUGUGUGUGGACAGAUGCACAAUGGCCAUGGUCAUGAUUCAAAGAGCACCAAGUUGUCUUUCAGAAAAGAAAGGGAAAGAACUGGAGGAGAUAGCAUGUGGAUUCAGUAUUACACUCUUGUUUAAUUAUUCCUUCCAUGAGUGAAUAAUAGAACUUCACCAACCAUUCGAUCGAUGUGGAUUCAGUACUAUACUGCAAGUUGUUGCAAGUGUCAACUAACUUUAGUUUAUUUCUUUCAUGUGUGACAGUGAGAAAGCUGAAUGUUUUCUAAUUAAUUAAUCACAUGUUUUUGUUCCCUGAAGAAAACAUGUUCUUCAGUAUCGUGACCAGUUUUUGACCCGAUCGGAUACUAAUGUUCUAAAUUCGAGUGUGUAAUGCCCUGUUGAUGCUAA